AUGGCCAACAACACCUUUCGAGACUCUGUCAACUCCCUGGGCUGGUCGCGCAGAGACCCGGAUCUCCCCGUCCGCACUAAUGCCGACACCUCUGUUUUCUCACGCCUGCAGUCUUACAAUCCUUUCGGCCAGGGAGGUUAUGUUCAACUCCCCACUCACAAUGAAGGCCCCGGAGCACCCUUGCCAGCCGCUACUCGAAGAGAGGAGGAAGAAGGAUUCUUCGCGCUAAGUCGGUGGGAUCGAAUGCUCGUUUUUGCGGCAUGCAACUUGGGCGCCGCCAUAUGUUUCAUGCUCUGUUUCUUCCUUUUCCCCGUCCUCACGCUCAAGCCCCGCAAAUUCGCCAUCUUAUGGUCUGUCGGCUCAGCCCUGUUUUUGCUAUCAUGGGCCGUUCUCAUGGGACCGUGGACUUACGCUAAACAUUUGAUCUCGGGAUCACGCUUGCCCUUCACGGCCGCCUACUUCGGCUCUAUCGCGUUAACUCUCUACUUCGCCAUCGGGCUCCAAAGCCUCAUCCUCACUGCCAUCUCCUCCGUCUUCCAGAUCUGCGCCCUGGUCUGGUACCUCGUCAGUUACUUCCCCAUGGGUAGCACUGGCCUACAGUACAUGAGUCGUUUCGGUGCUUCGCGCGUUACGGCUUGGAUGUCCGGUUGA